ACGUGACACCCGUGAAUGUCAUGUGACCGAGCGCUUUGCAGUGGCAUUAGCGAGCUGUCGUUAGCACAUUAAUACACUGUAGUAGAAGUCGUCAGAAACAGUUCACUCAUGCUGGACAGUAAGCCCUCACGAUUGCCAAAUUAUGAUUACCUUAUUAUAAAGCGACUUCACAUUUGUAAUGCGUUAAUUUUCUUUAUAAAAGUGCUAGGCCUCGGUUGUACUGUGACGUCUGACUGGUCUGUCUUAGCAAAUGAAAACUAUGGAGAGCAACUCAAAAUGUAAACAAUCUUGUUAAACAUCUCCUGGAACUUACUUGAAACUUUUCUGGGGACAGACACAACUGGAAUUCAUGCCGAAUGCUAAUUUGCCCUUCCCCUUUUUGUCUGGAUUUUCAGAAUGAACGGCACGCAGCAAAAUGACCUCAAAAGACAAAAUCUGUUAGAGAGACUUCUUGAUGCGGUUAAACAGUGCCAAAUUCGCUUUGGCGGCAGGAAGGAGAUUGCCUCAGAUUCUGAUAGCAGGAUCAUAUGCCUGUGUGCCCAGUUUGAAACAGUUCUUCAACACGGCUUGAGGAAAAGUCGAGGGUUAGCCCUCACAGCAGCUGCUAUAAAACAAGCUGCUGGACUUAGCAGUAAAACUGAAGCAGAGCUGACGUUCUGGUUUUAUGUGAAGGAGCACCUCAACCGUCAUGAGUUGCAGCGCUUCUACUCUCUGCGGAAUAUCACGUCUGAGCUGGGCCGGGGCAGAGCAUGGCUUCGCUGUGCCCUGAACGAGCACUCUCUAGAGCGAUAUCUUCACAUGCUGCUGGCUGACCGAGCCCGCCUUAGUGCCUUCUAUGAAGACUGGGCUUUUGUCCUUGAUGAAGAGAGAGCAAGUAUGCUGCCCACAAUGGCUGCAGGGCUCAAUUCCAUCCUGUUUGCCAUCACAAUUGACAACACGGACCUAAACGGGCAGACCCGCAGGGGGUCGUCUGUGUCCGACCUGCUUAAGGAGUCCACACAUGGCAUGAGCAAUCUGUGGAAGGAGUCUGCUCAGGGUGUCAGCACGCUGCUGCGGGAAAUUGGUACUGCUACUGCUGUGGUUCCUGGUUUCAUCCCACGCUCGGAUGCUCUAUCAGACCCACUGCCUGUCCUGCCCCGAAGCACUUCUGCAGAUUCUGGUUUGAGAAAGGAGCGCAGACGUAAAAAGAAGAUUACAAACAUCAUCUCCUUUGACGAUGACUUCGACGUAGGUGCGGAAGAUGAGGACGAAGCAGGUGAGGAUGUCGUUAGGACUCAUAGGAAGAGUGCGGUGGGCCAUGUGAAUUCUGAAGAGGCUCUAGACCCUCCAAACUCGACCUCUCCCACUCAGAAUGGGCUGAUCGAGCCAGGGAUUGUGGGCUGGGCUGAAACGCCACCACAGAAUGGAGUCCUGCAUAAUAGCAAGAGCAUUGAUAAUGAAGAGGAGGAAGAGGAUGAUAGUUAUGGAAAGAGCAGGCCUGAGCCCCAAGAGGAUCAUGGGAGUGGAGAGCCGAUGGUUGUGAGAAGCUUGUCCAGUGUUUCCACUUGGAGCCCAAGGCAGAUCAUCACUGACAACGACAAUGACAACUCACAUAUUCUCAUACCUCUGGCCCCUUCUGAGCCCUUCACCCAACAAGCUUGUAGUUCAGUUGAGAAUGUAGAGUUUCAUGGUCAGAAGGAGAGCUCUAGCCCACCAACUGACAGUGAAAAAGCAAGAAGCCAGCUGCAGUUUAGCAUGGAGCCCAGCUCACCACCACAGAUUGCUCCUGUGUCCAGUGUUCUGCUGACCCCUGGCCUUCCUGAGUCCAUGAACAUUGCUGAACUACGGCAAGCCAUUGUGGCCAUGAUGAACAGGAAGGAUGAGGUCAUGGAGCAGAACACGUCUCUGCGCAGUCUCUUGGAUGGGGAGAUGGAGCACUCUGCUGGGCUCAGGCAGGAGGUGGACAGCUUGAAGAAGAAACUGGCUGAGCUAGAGGAGAGACAUGCUGCCAAAUUACAGGCCCUCAUGAGAGAGAAUGAAGUUCUGAAGGUCCAGCUGAAGAAGUAUGUUGGUGCUGUCCAAAUGCUGAAACGGGAAAGCAGCCAAGGCAAUGAUGCAUUAGCUAUUCAGAGGAAUUGUGAUUAUCCCCCUCCAGUCCCCCAAAACAGAUCUGUGACUGAUAUAGAGGAACUGGCUGCCAACUAUGAGCGUAAACUCAUUGAGGUGGCUGAGAUGCACGGGGAGCUGAUAGAGUUUAAUGAGAGGCUGUACCGCUCUCUCAUAGCUAAAGACAACCUGAUCGGACAGAUGAGACAGGAGCUUAUUGACUUGCGUGGCCCAGUGCCAGGAGACCUGAGCCAGACCUCUGACGAUCCCAGCCUAUCUGACUUUGAGACAACUCAACGUGCUCUUGUCAACGUGUGGAUCCCUUCUGUGUUUCUUCAAGGCCGGGCUGCCAAUGCCUAUCAUGUAUAUCAGGUGUACAUUAGAAUCCUGGACAAUGAGUGGAAUGUGUACCGGCGCUACACUGAGUUCAGGGCCCUGCACAAUUACCUGCGCUCGCAAUUCCCACAGGUCGACACCUUCAGUUUCCCACCUAAAAAAGCCAUUGGCAACAAGGAUGCCAAGUUUGUGGAGGAGAGGAGGAAACAGCUGCAGUCGUACCUGCGUAUGGUGAUGAAUAAACUGAUCCAGACACUGCCUGAAUUCACUGCCCAGCCCACCAAGGAGACCUUACUGCAGUUACUGCCUUUCUGCCAGGACACCCCAGCGGCCAAAGAGAGUGGAACCAAAACUGCCCGAUCUAAAGCUUCUAGCAGGUUCCCCAAGCUGGGUCGCAGCUCGGGUAGGGAAGCCCGCAACCCUGAACCACAAAGUGGUGACCUUUAACUUCUGAGUCACAGGUCUGAUGAUGCAAAAACUUCUGCAGUUGUACGAGGUGUGAGGUGUACCAAGACUUCCCUCAAUUCUCAGAACUCAUCUGUAUGACUUGACGGAAUCCAGGAUCUUCUCUUCUAUAAUGGAUGUACAUACAGCCACAGUUGAAGACUAGUUGGGCCAAGAACCGACAAGCAGAAUCAGCAAGAUUGCCGGAUGGAAUUUUUGGCAAAUACAUAUGGAAUAUCUCAGUUUAGUGGUGAAACGUUCAGUUAGUAUUGUGCCUAGUGUUUUAUAACAGAUGUUGUUUUUGGGGAAAGCCAGGAUGUACUGCAGUGAGAUGAAACUUUUAUGAGACUGCAAUGGGAAUUGUGGUAUCAUCUGGAAAUAACUUGCACAUCAUCAUGAUUUUAACUUGACUGUGACACAUGGGACUCACAGUAUGAGGCACAAUAAUGUUGGAUGUAAUUCUAUUAUGAAUGCAUUAUAAUACAGUAGAUGUACCAAACAAUCACUCUCCACUGUUACCAGUAUGUAGAAGUUCACAAAUCAGUAGUACAGAAAUCAGGAACCUUUAUAUUUUAGAUGAAUGUCUGUUGAUGGUCAAAACUUGAUAAUAAAGCUUAUAAAUUGUUAGAUAGAGGUCUAGGAAGAGCCCUCGUCCUCCUGUCCCUGAGAGACUUCCAUUGGAAAUUUCCUUUGCUGCCAUUAUCCUAUAUGACCUAGAGUGUACUGUUACAUAGAAACUAGUGCAGUCAGUGCAUAUUGUAUUGUGUGGACUGAACAGAAGAGAUUUUUUUUAGCAGGGGAAUCUCCGAUGAACGAACGAGCAAAUAAUUAUGCCGUAUUUUAACUCCAAGCACAAUGGUGAUUGGCCAAAUUCAAGAUAAAAUAGUUUUAUUAUUUCUGACAAGUGACAGUGCUUACUGUUAUGUAAAUGGGGAUCAUGACAUGUUUUGAAUAUCAAAUUGAAUAUGAUUCAGAAUGCCAUCAGUUUAAGAUUCUGUUCACCUGUAAGCAUUGAUGGCUGAAGAUUAGCAGAUCUAUUGUUUGCUUUACAUAUAUGUCUGUCAGCAACCUUUUACACAGCUGUAUAUGAUGGUUUUUAUCAAACAGAGAAGCUUUCUGUCACAAGUUGGUGUGACGAGAAGCAGAUAUUUUUGCAGUGGCACUGCAGCCCGCCUUAGAGUGCAAGAGCUUCAUGAAUACAUUAAUAAAUGCAAAUUGAAACACAUAAAAAAUUUGUAUCGAAUGCACAGUUUUUGCUAUAGGCUAUGCAUAAUUUAAAUUCAUCUGACUGAUCUCAGUUCAGGAGAAUCUAGGCUGUCAUUAAAGGGUUACACUUUUGACACACCGAGUCAUGUGACAAAACAAGAUGGUGCCUAUCUCAGCUGUGUUUGUCUUUGGGAGAAAUGGCAACAAAACUACAUCUGGUAAGAAACAUAAUUACGUUUUUACAUUGAAACAUGUUCACUAGUUUCAUCCAAUAUACCAUUUAAAAAAUGUCAUCGAUUUAUCACGAAAUGGCACGCUGUUAAACCCACUGACCACAUAUGUGGACUGUAGGCUAAUUUUCCUUAAAAUAUCCUGUAUUCAUUGUAAGUGUAGUUCUAGCUGGAAGAUUUGCAGCUGUACAUCAUCAUCACACCAUUAUCUAGGUAGCUCCUAGACAUAUUUCCGCCCUUGCUUACAAGUCUGCUUACAAUCUAUCACAAUGCUGUUUCAGUGUACCAACACGGCAAACUCCAACUCCCCACUGCCACCAGUUGAGUCCUGUCCUGCACAGGGGUAGACUUCUCGCCCCCUGCCUUCUAUCCGGUAAGAUUUGACAGUUCGAGUAGCAAUUUCAUCAGACUGCCAGACAGGGCUUAUGCCAAAAAGAGACAUUACAUUCCUGUUUCAUUUUUAUUCAUCAAAUAAAUUCAUGCCAGCUUUACUUAAGUCUGCGAGUCUUUCUGAUAGAACUGUGCAUUAUCACAUUAAGAAUCAAUGGGUUCACCCAAAAGCUGGAUAAUGUUGCUUUCAGAGGCUGUAUACAGAGUUAGGAUGAAAAUAAGAUGCAUUUCAAACUGUUCUGAGACCAGUGCAGACAGACAGCACAUUGGAGGUUAAGUCAUUCACUAAACAGGGAGCAAUGGAGCAUCCUAUACCUGCAUUCACAUCUAACAUUCGGUCAAAAGUUCAGUUUCAGGCUGCAGAUAAUGUUUGGAACACUCAACAUGUUUGGCAGACAUGGGACAAUGGUAAUCAAUACAUAGAUUCAGAAUUUUUCAUGCAAAAUAUUAUUUUAACAUGGUUGGCAGUGAUUGGAUGAUGCUGGCCAUUACUUUGAAUCAGAUUUAUUUAUGCUUAUUUCUGAUGUAAUGUCUGUAACGUCUCAAAAACAUGAAUAACCAACACUCCAAUAAACAUAAUAAACAAUU